GCGGCCGGGCUCCCGGCACAGGACGAGCAGGCGCUCGCUGAGGAGCCGCCGGAGCAGAGCAUCCCCACGGAGUCGCGCCGAGCCUGGGCAUGCAGGCGACGCCCCCCGAGGUCCGAGCGCCGCCGCGGAGUCCGUCGAGGGCGCACUUGCGGCGGGACGAGGGCCAGAGAGCGCGCGGGGCCGCGAGCGAGCCCUGCGCGAUGAGCGGCGAGGGCGGCUACAACUUCAGGCGGGUGGCGAUCCGGCGGAAGACCAGCCCUUCCUACCUGCAGUUUGGGGUCCCCCGGCCCUGGACUAGGUCCGUGUCGCACCUGGGAUGGGCUGAGUCAGCCACCUUGAGGAGCGAGGCGCCCGCGGCCGCCGCAGGCAGCAGUACCUGUCCAGAGGUCACUAUCGUUCCACUUUGUCCCACAAGCAGCACAACCACGCUGGUUGAUCAGAAUGUGUCUGACGAAGAGGCUCAGGGAAUAAAUGGGAAAGCGCCAGCGACUGCAAGUUCAAAGCCACAAGUGCCUCCAAAGCCAUUACACCUGCAGAAUUCACCUUCGUCCAAUAUACACCAAACCCCCAGGCAUAAAGCUUUACCUAGUGAAAAACCAAGGAUGGAGGAAGUUAAACCUGCCUCUGCUUCUUGUGUCUCAAAAGAAAAGCCCAGUAAGGUAUCAGACCUCAUCAGUCGCUUUGAAGGAGGCAGUGCAUUAUCAAAUUAUAGUGAUUUGAAGAAAGAUUCUGCUGUGAACUUACAUGCUCCUAGAACCCCAGGAAGGCACGGAUUGAUAACCACACCUCAACAAAAACCCCUCUCCCAGCACCCACCAUGGAAGCAGGAAAAUGACACAGACCAGACUCCGGGUGCAGAGACUUGCGUGGCCAACGGUAUAAUGGCGGCGCAAAGCCAGAUGGAAUGUGAGGAGGAUAAAGUAGAUGCCCCUCUUCAAACUUCGGAACCCUUGCUUGAUGCACACUUAGCGAAUGGACAAAGAGAUGAAACUGCUACAGUUCCUGAGUCACCCACCACAAAUGACUGUGAUGGCGAUGCUUCUGAUGGCAGCUGCAGGACUCCAAGCAUAGGCCCAGAGCUCCCCCUAGAAGGAGGGGCAGAAACAGAAGCCAAGGUCCUAGAUGGGGAGAAUGGAGAAAGCCCUCUGGAACUGGAACAGCUUGACCAGCACCAGGAGAUGAAGGAAACGAAUGAGCAAAAACUUCACAAAAUAGCCAAUGAACUCUUGCUUACAGAAAGAGCUUAUGUUAAUCGACUCGACCUCUUAGAUCAGGUAUUUUAUUGUAAACUAUUGGAAGAAGCAAACCGAGGUUCAUUUCCAGCAGAGAUGGUGAAUAAAAUCUUUUCAAAUAUUUCAUCAAUAAAUGCCUUCCAUAGUAAAUUCUUAUUGCCAGAGCUGGAGAAACGAAUGCAAGAAUGGGAAACCACUCCUAGAAUUGGAGACAUCCUUCAGAAAUUGGCACCAUUCCUUAAGAUGUAUGGAGAAUAUGUGAAGGGAUUUGAUAAUGCAAUGGAAUUGGUUAAAAACAUGACAGAACGUAGUCUGCAGUUCAAAGCAGUGGUUGAAGAAAUUCAGAAACAGAAAAUCUGUGGGAGCUUAACUUUGCAGCAUCACAUGCUAGAGCCUGUCCAGCGGAUUCCCCGGUAUGAGAUGCUCCUGAAGGACUACCUAAGGAAAUUGCCGUCCGACUCCCCAGACUGGAAUGAUGCUAAAAAAUCACUUGAAAUUAUAUCUACAGCAGCAAGCCAUUCUAAUAGUGCAAUAAGAAAAAUGGAGAACCUAAAGAAACUCUUAGAGAUUUAUGAAAUGUUGGGAGAAGAAGAAGACAUUGUAAACCCUUCAAAUGAACUAAUAAAAGAAGGACAGAUCCUCAAACUAGCUGCUCGGAACACAUCAGCACAAGAACGCUACCUUUUCUUAUUCAACAACAUGUUGCUGUACUGUGUGCCCAGAUUCAGCUUGGUGGGCUAUAAAUAUACAGUUCGAACCAGGGUUGGCAUCGAUGGGAUGAAAAUUGUGGAGACUCACAAUGAAGAAUAUCCACAUACUUUCCAGGUAUCUGGGAAGGAGAGAACAUUGGAACUCCAGGCCAGUUCUGAGCAAGACAAAGAAGAAUGGAUCAAGGCCCUUCAAGAGACCAUUGAUGCUUUUCAUCAAAGGCAUGAAACCUUCAGAAAUGCAAUUGCAAAAGAUAAUGACAUUCACUCAGAGGUUUCUACUGCUGAGCUAGGGAAAAGAGCCCCAAGAUGGAUCCGAGAUAACGAAGUGACAAUGUGUAUGAAAUGCAAAGAAUCUUUCAAUGCACUGACACGGAGGAGGCAUCAUUGUCGAGCAUGUGGACAUGUAAGUGAGAUUUCUUGGUCAUUAAGGUUGCUACGAACUAUUGAAUCAGCAGAAGUCUCUGGAAACAGUGUGGUGUGCAGCUUUCUUCAGUACAUGGAGAAGUCAAAACCUUGGCAGAAAGCUUGGUGUGUCAUCCCCAAGCAAGACCCUCUUGUACUGUACAUGUACGGCGCCCCUCAGGACGUCAGAGCCCAGGCCACCAUUCCACUGCUGGGCUAUGUUGUGGAUGACAUGCCACGGAGCGCAGACCUGCCCCACAGUUUCAAACUGACCCAGUCCAAGUCUGUGCACAGCUUUGCUGCAGACAGUGAGGAACUUAAGCAGAAGUGGCUGAAAAUCAUCUUUUUAGCUGUCACAGGUGAGACGCCAGAGGGUCUAAAUGAGCAUCCAGCCACCUUGGACGAUCAUCCUGAACCUAAGAGAAAAUCAGAAUGCUGAACUCCAGGACCAACCACGGUGUGGUGUCCAGACUUACAGCUCCAGACAUUCCCAGCUCUCCCUACUCAUAUCUUAGCACUUUAUGUUGAAAAAAUAGGCUCAUAAAUGCAUCUUUUGGGGACUAUUUUCCUAUGUUUAUGUACUCUUAGUGAAAUUAAUGUGCAGAGCCAUUCUACCGAUAAAGUUUUGAAAUGUGAAAAAUUGAGCAUUUUUUGAGCUAUUCCUUGAAUACAUACUUUUGUCUUGAAGAAAAUGUUAUCAAUUCAUUCUGUCAGCAUCAGGUUAGAGUGAGCACUUUCAUUUAAGAAAUCCUUUAAAGUCUUCUCUUUCACGUGUAGGACCUGUAACAGUUUAAAAGAUAUACCUCCAUGUUGCCAAAAUAGAUCCAUAGUGAAAAAUACAGGGACAGUUUAGACUAUAGUAUUAACUUAUUUAAUUUAGUUUAUAAAUCUCAAGCUGCAUAAAUGGUGUCUGUUCUUUUUAAAAGAAAGAAAAAAGACCAAUUGUUGGUGUUCAGAUUUUUGACUUAUUCAAAAAAGGUAAUACUUGUUUUUGUAGAAAUACUCUUAAGAAUACAAUAUCUUAAGUAUAUAGCAAUUAUGUGUAUAUAGUAUCAAAUAUAUAUAUACUAUCCAUGCUUUUCUCCUCAGCUUUAGGCUCACAUUCAUCUCUAAUUUAUUUUAUAAAUAUAAAGCAUGGUUUAUCUUUGAAGUGAGCAGUGUUCUAAGCUUAAGAAAUGUUUUUGGUGAUUUGUUUAACUGAUUGGCAUCUAAGGGUAUUGGUAUUUUUAUGAUAGGCAGUAAUUUAUAUGGCAUGGGAUAUAUUUGUGAAUUCCAACAGUACUUUUAACAUACCUUUUUUUUUGUUCUGUGCCUAUUUAAAACAGUGCCUCUCUUAGAAGGUGCUAUUAAUACCUAUUUAAAUAUGAGGGUUCA